GCGGCUCUUGGUGGGUGGGUGUUGUUCGGUGGGACUGCUAACGGUAACGGGUGCCUAGCGGUAACGGUAACGGGAAUGUCAACCGCAAGAGCAGAGCUUCAGAAGCCAGCGUCGUAGGAGAUUCAGAACCAGCACCAGAACCAGAAUCAGAGUGAAGACCCAGAGUUAACAGCAGUCCGACAAGAGAGUUGCGAAAAACAGCGAAAAAAUCAGGCGGAAAAGUCCAAAAUAAAAUUGACAAAUACGAAACGCUAAAUGUUAGCGCCCGAACCAGCGGCAAUCAAUCAAUUAGGCCCAGCUGGGUGGCGCCCCAGCAACAACAACAAUACGGCCGGAGAGAGCAGACGAAAGUGCGACAGUGACAGGAGCAGAGAGAAAGAGAAGGAGAGAUAUAAAGGCAGCAGUGACAGCAGUUAAAAAUCAAUAUCCGUCUAAAGUUUUUUUCGGUUUCGGGAACGACCAACUCAGAAAAUUAAAGUUGCACACUACCAGAACUACCGAAAAUAUUUUUGAAAUUAGUUGACUUAAUAUCUAGAUAGCCGCCUACGCUUUAGGCCAAAAAUUAAAACAAGUUAUUUGCGAAAGUAAUCGUGUGUCCAUUUUGUGCUUGAAUAUAGAGUUAACGAAGUAGCCAGUAACAUUUUUAGAGUCGCAGCUUUAAGUGAAAGAACAACUCGCUCCAUCCAAAGCCACGUGUGUUAAUAACGUAAGAAUCGCUCCAAAUAACUAGUGACAAAUACCCAGUGCAAUCAGCCAAGUUACUCGAAGUUUAACCAAAAGAUCCGACGAUUGACGAAAAGGAUCGACUAGCAAACGCGGAAAAAGCCAAAAAACGAAAGCGAAUCGAGAGAAAAACCAAAGAACACUUAAAAGCUAACCAAAAAACGAAUUUUCAUGUUUAAAACGCAAAACCAAAAUUAUCGAUAAACCAAUUAAAAGGAAAACCAAAGAGACAAAACCAAAAGUAAAGUAAAUUGCUACCAGAAAACGCUAGUCCAAAUCUUCACUCCAUAUAUAUAUAUAUAUAUAUAUAUAUAUAUAUAUAUAUAUAUAUACGUAAACUAUAUAUAUUUAACUAAUAAUACUUCAAGAAAACACGCCAAUUGCCGCAAAAAUUACUCCAAGACGAAAAACAAAGAGAUUUCCAUUAAACAAACGCAAAAUACCAAAUACCAAACACAGCUUCAAAGUGUGCACAAUAAAAAAGCAAAAAAAAGUUAAUAACAAAAACCAAAGACCCCCAAAUCAAAACCAAACCCAAAACAAAUUAUUAUUAAACAAAACCGAAAAACAAUUAACCAAACAAAGUCGAAGAAAAAACAAAGGUAAAGGCAAAGAAAACUGAGCCAAAGUCACGGCCAGCAAACAAAAAGUACAACAAACAAAAAUAAAACAACAAGAAAAAGAGAAAGAAAAGGAACAACAACGGCGGUUGUGAAGUGAAGCGUCACCACUGGCCACGCCCACUCCCCGCUCAGCCGCCCCCGUUUUAGCAGUUUUUCCUUUUGACAGCGUAUCGUUUCCAAGAAAUCUUGCGUGUUACGAGCGAAAAACUAAAAAGCCAGUGUCGGUAAAAGAUUCCCAAAGAGUGGUCCUUCUUUUUUUUCAAGUGUACGAACUAGUUUUUUUUUCUGUGUGACCCAAGCCAAGCAACAACAACAACUGCACCAAUUGUGAUGGGAGAUCAGCCAAAGGCAACGACAACCGCAAUCGGAGAAGCAGCUGGUCCAGCCCCCGAAGGUGACGCCGUGAUGGCCGCCACCCAGAACUCGCUGCCCAACGGGAAUGGCAACGGUGGUCCCCAGGACCAGAACCAGGAGCCAGGCCAGCAGGAGCAUGAGGAUCGAGGGGAUGCCGGCGACGACGCCGCCACCGAUGCUGGGGCCAGCUCGCUGCCCCCCUCGGAGAUCGGUGGUCGGGCGCCCCUGGACACGGCCUGCUCGGACGCAGACGGCGGUGCCGCCUCCAGCUUGGCCGGCGGCAUCGUGGGUCCGCCCAGUCCGCUCACAGGCUGCUACCUGCUCAUCGUCCUGGGCGAGCCGCACUCCGAAGAGCACAAGGACAACAUCUUGCAGCAUCUGCUUAAGGGUUUCCUCUCCUGGGACGUUUCCGAUUGUCACGUCGACUUGGAAGAGGAGCUCAAUACAAUUACACAGCAUGCGCCCGAGGGCGAGGAGGCUCGUCACGGCGAACGACUCAUCCAAUAUGCCAGCGAGAAUCUAGUGACGGAGGUGCUCAUCCACCCGCAGUACAACACGCUUAUCCAGUGUAUGCGCAACCUGCUUAGCAGCUUUACCCGCCACCGGCACAUCAUUCAUGCCGGCUACACCUUCAGUGGCAAUGGUUCCUGGAUACUGCAGGACGGAACCUUCUCUGUGGCGGACUUCUCUGAGGCCCUUCAGGAGCACGACGUACAAAGGGUAAUCCGCGCUUACGCGGACACCAUCACCAUGAACAUCCACUGCGCGGACGCGGGUCUGUGGCACACUCUCCCCGAAAAGGCCUUUGCGCGCCAGUGCCGGAUCCGGAUCAAUCCUGUGGACGUCCUGGACACGAGCAGCGAGAGUAUCAACGGGUUUUUAGAUUACUUGGCGCCCAUGGUGAUGCCGACCUCGCUGAGGGAGCUGCUCGAGACCUCGGACGUUGUGGGCAACAUCCGCUUCACGCAUCCCACGCUAUACGUAUUUCCCGGCGGCCAGGGUGACGCCGCGCUUUUCGGGAUCAACGGCUUCAACAUGCUGGUUGAUGGCGGUUUUAAUCGGAAGGCUUGCUUUUGGGACUUUGCUCGGCACCUGGACCGACUGGACGCGGUCCUGAUGACGCGCCUCAACAACAGCAACGUGCAGGGCCUGGGGGCGGUGGUGUCGCGCAAGCGGGACUCCCACGUCUACCCCCAGAUCGGCCACUUCUUCGGCAACGUACCUGACCGCAAGGGGCUGCCCAGCCCCGACGGCGACAAGGAUCGCGACCCGCUGCUGAUCGAUCUGUUCGAGCGCGGACACGGGAUCGUAAGCGACCUGAAGGCACUGGACCUGAAGCCGCAGGGCUGUUACCGCAACCAGGAGCCGGUGAACCUCUACCACAAGGUAGGCCACGGCACCCUUGACAUGUAUGUGAUCAGCCCGGCACGCGACUCCAAGGAAGUGAAGGACUUCCUGCAGAAGUGGCACGCCGGCGACCAAAGGCUCUUCGCCGCCCGGGAGUCGCGCGACUUCAACUUCCCACUGCAGAACCUGGUGUCCAUUUGCGCGCUGCUCGUGUGGCAGCCGGCCAACCCGGACGACACCAUCACCCGCAUCCUCUUCCCGGGCAGCACGCCCGACUUCAAGAUCCAGGAAGGCCUCGAGAAGCUCAAACACCUGGAGUUCAUGAAGCACUCGACCUGCACAGCCAAGUCCAUUGCCCCCGCCAUCCAAACGGUGGCCGGAACGCGCAAAAGCCUGAAGUCUGCCAUUGAGGCCACGCCCGCUCCGCCCAGCGCCAGCUACAAGUCCUCAAAGUUCGGCCCCGUGGCCAGUGCUGCCAUAGCCGUCCAGCAUCCGCAUCCGCAGCAGCAGCAGGACAACAAGGCAAAGGAGGCGGCCAAGGAGGCCGCUGCAUCCAUAGUCCGCACCAAGGCCGAUUCCAUCGACACGGACGUAGAGCAGGAACCCGAACCCGAACCCGCUGACACUGGGGACGAAGGAGCUCCCACGGAGCAGGAGCCCGAGGCUGACACGGAACCCGAGCACGAAGCCGAGCAGGAGCAGGACAACAAGGAUGCCGGGGAGGAGAAGAAGGUGGAAGUGCUGAUCAUGAAGUCCCAACAGGCGACAGCACCUGCAGUCUCUGGAAAGGAUGCGCCCGAUGCAACCCCUGCCGAUGCCACGAUGCCGGCCGGAAAGCAAGCGGGCAAGGGGUCGUCCAAGUCGUCAAAGGCGGAGAAGCCACGCGCGGAGGUGAAGCCCGUGGUGCGCUCCCGCAUCGACACCAAGCCGCCCAAGUCCAUGGAUCGCAAGCUGGCCAAGCGGGACGAGAAGAAGAGCUCGCCGACGGCCACGCCGGCCGCCCGGGCACCGCGCGAUGUCAAGCCCAAGGUGCUGAGCCGCCCGGCCACCAAGUCCAGUCCGAGCAGCACCCCCGCCAAGAGCGCCAAGGAGGCCAACAACCGCAAGGUGCUGGAGUCCAAGCAGCAGGCGGCCAGGGUGCAGGCCACCAGCACGGCCUCCAGGAGGCAGGUCACUACCAGCACAGCCGCCAGUGAGAAACGAGUCGCCCAACAGCAGGCGGAGGCAAAGACGGCCACACAAUCGACGGCCACCCAGAGGAAGCCCAUCUCACGAAGGCCGCGCGGUGUGUCGCCCUCGAAGCGAGCACCAGCACCCGGCAGUCCGGUCAAGCAGGCCAAGCCAAAGGCGGCGGCUGCGGCGGAGCUGAAGAAGGCGCGCCUGGACAAAGGCGGCACCACCGACUCCAGCCUGGUGUCCACGCCUUCGGCAGAUGAGGCCACGGCCGCCAAGAAGCUGCAGGACCUGACCGCCUCCCAAGAGCUCGACGCCGAGAAGCAGCGCGAGCUGGACGACCUCAAGGAGGAGCAGGAGGUGGUGCGCGAGAUCGAGGCGGUGUUCAGUAGGGACGAAAUGAAGCGUCAGCAGCACCAGCAGAUUAAGGCCGAGCUGCGUGAAAUGCCCGCCGAGGGAAUCACUGGCGAUGGCGAGGAUGAGCCCGAGGAGGAGGAGGAGUACCUGAUAAUCGAGAAGGAGGAGGUGGAGCAGUACACCGAGGACUCGAUCGUCGAACAGGAGAGCAGCAUGACCAAGGAGGAAGAGAUCCAGAAGCACCAGCGCGACUCGCAGGAGUCGGAGAAGAAGCGCAAGAAGAGCGCCGAGGAGGAGAUCGAGGCGGCCAUCGCCAAGGUAGAAGCCGCCGAACGCAAAGCUCGUCCUGCCCGGCAGGACGAGGCGGAGUUGGAGGUGGAAUUGGAGGCGGAGGCGGACCUGGAGCAAAGCGAGAUCAAGGCAGAGGUGCAGGAGAUCAUUGCCACGGCGAAGGACAUUGCCAAGUCGCACACCGAGGAGCAGUUGGCCACCAAGCCCGCUGAGGAGGAGUUCUCUUCGCCCACGCCCGAGGAGAAGCUGAGCAAGAAGACGUCGGACACAAAGGACGAGCCAGUCGGCGCACCAGUGGACGUCCUGCCCGUCAAUCUGCAGGAGAGCCUGCCCGAGGAGAAGUUCUCGGCCACCAUUGAGUCGGGGGCCACCACGGCGCCCACACUGCCCGAGGACGAGCGCAUCCCGCUGGACCAGAUCAAGGAGGACCUGGUCAUCGAGGAGAAGUAUGUGAAGGAGGAGACCAAGGAAGUUGAGGCCAUCGUUGUGGCAAGCGUGCAGGCUAUCUCCAAAGCGGCUCCAUCCGCAAUCGCGGCCGUAUUGGUGGCAACCACCAAGGAUGGUCCCAAAGACGCCAAGGCCGAGCUUUUGGGAGAGCUGCACGACUCGGGAGAGCGGGUACUGCCCAUGAAGAUGACCUUUGAGGCGCAGCAGAACCUGCUGCGUGAUGUCAUCAAGACGCCCGACGAAGUGGCCGAUCUGCCGGUCCAUGAGGAAGCCGAUCUGGGUCUGUACGAGAAAGAUAGCCAGGAUGCCGGUGCUAAAAGCAUCUCACACAAAGAGGAGUCUGCCAAGGAGGAAAAGGAGACCGACGACGAAAAAGAGACCAAGGAAGCAGAGGUCGAACCGAAAGCUGAACUGGAAAAGGAAGAGCCCUCCAAAAUAGAGCUUAAAGAGCCAGCUGAGGAGGAUGAGCUCGUUGUGACUGAGGCUGUAAUAGAGAGAAGGACAAAAGAGGUCGUUACGGUCGAGACCGAACAGAUUGUGGAGACCGAUGACCAAAAGACCCAGGAACAGCAACAGGAUCAAGUGAAAGAGAAAGAGAAAGAGAAAGAACAGGAGGCGGAUCAGCAGGCAGAGCCAGGAAUCAUCACCGAGAAGGAGGCCAAAAAGUCAGCCAGCACCCCUGAAGAGAAGGAGACCAGCGACAUCACCUCCGAAGAUGAGCUGCCAGCCCAACUGGCGGAACCGACCACCGUUGCCCCAAAAGAGAGCAAGGAGCGCGAGGACACCAUCUCCAUGGAGAGUCCCGCCACCAUCGAGGAGGCCAUAGAGGUUGAUGUGCAGGCCAAGCAAGAUGCCGCAAAGAGCGCUGGGGCAGACAAGUCGUCACUGGCCUCAAAGGAGGCCUCCCGUCCGGAGUCUGCAACAGGAAGUGCCAAGGACGAUGCUGAUCAGCCAGAAGCCGACAAGUCCCGUCCCGAUUCGGUGGCGGAAGGAACAAAGCCUGAUAGUGCAAGAUAUGAGAAGUCCCCCCUUGCAUCCAAGGAAGUUUCUCGGCCGCAAUCCGUUGCAGAGAUCGUCAAAGAUGAAGGCAAGGAACCAGACAGUCGACGAGAAUCGGGAAGCGCCAAGGACGAAAAAUCAGCACAGGCCUCCAAAGAAGUUUCCCGACCAGGCUCAGUGGCUGAGAGCGUUAAGGCGGAAGCUGACAAGUCCACGGAACCAUCCCGAAGGGAAUCCGUAGCCGAAAGCACUAAGGCGGAGAGCCAUAAGGACGAAAAGUCCAAGCCGGCCUCUAAGGAAGCCUCGAGGCCUGAAUCCGCCCUCGGGGAUGCCAUAGAUGAAUCCAAAGAACAAAAAAGCCAUCGGGCAUCUAUUGCGGAAAGCGUCAAACCCGAAAGUGCUGAGGACGAAAAGUCUACGACUGCCUCAAGGGAAGUUUCCAGACCAGAAUCUGUGGUGGAAAGCACUAAAGACGAGGCAGACAGGUCAAAGGAGCCAUCUCGUCGUGAAUCAAUAGCAGAAAGCGUCAAGGCCGAAAGCGCAAAAGGUGAAAAGUCUCCCCUUGCAUCCAAGGAAGUGUCCCGGCCGGAAUCCGUGGCUGAAAGCAUUAAAGAUCAAGCUGAGCAAGUUGAUAACCGCCGGGAAUCUGUAGCCGAAAGCCUCAAGCCAGACAGUGCAAAGGAGGAAAAGUCCCCACUUGCCUCAAAGGAAGCUUCCAGGCCAGAGUCCGUUGCAGAAAGCGUCAAAGAUGAAGCUGAAAAGUCCACUGAACCAUCCCGUCCGGCAUCAGUUGCAGAAAGUGCCAAGGGAGAGAUCGCAAGGGAUGAGAAGACCGCUGAUGUCGUAGAUAGCCGCCGGGAAUCUGUAGCCGAAAGUGUCAAGCCAGACAGUGAGAAGGACGAGAAGUCUCCACUUGCAUCAAAGGAGGCAUCGAGGCCAGAAUCCGUUGCAGAAAGUGUCAAGGGAGAGAGCAUAAAGGAUGAGAAGUCCGCUCAAGCCUCAAAAGAAGUCUCCCGGCCAGAGUCAGUGGCUGAAAGUGUUAAAGCUGAAGCUGAAAAAUCAAGGGAACCAUCUCAACGGGGAUCCGUUGCAGAAAGCGUCAAAGAUGAAGCUGAAAAAUCUUUUGAACCAUCCCGGUCGGCAUCUGUUGCACAAAGCGUCAAGGGAGAAAGCACAAAGGAUGAGAGGUCCUCUGAAAUCGUAGAUAGUCGUCGGGAGUCAAUAGUCGAAAGUGUCAAGCCAGACAGUGCAAAGGACGAAAAGUCUCCACUUGCUUCAAAGGAAGCUUCCAGGCCAGAAUCCGUUGCAGAAAGCGUCAAGCCAGACAGUGUAAAGGACGAAAAAUCUCCACUUGCUUCAAAGGAAGCUUCCAGGCCAGAAUCCGUUGCAGAAAGCGUCAAGCCAGAUAGUGCAAAGGACGAGCAGUCCCCACUUGCAUCUAAGGAAGCGUCCAGACCAGAAUCCGUUGCAGGAAGCGUUAAAGAUGAAGCUGAAAAGUCUAUUGAACCAUCCCGCCCGGCAUCAGUUGCAGAAAGCGUCAAGGGAGAGAGCAUAAAAGAUGAGAAGUCUUCUGAGAUCCUAGAUAGCCGCCGGGAAUCUGUUGCGGAAAGCGUUAAACAAGACAGUGUAAAGGACGAAAAGUCUCCACAUGUAUCAAAGGAUGCUUCCAGGCCGGAAUCCGUUACAGAAAUCAUCAAGCCAGACAGUGUAAAGGACGAAAAGUCUCCACUUGCAUCAAAGGACGCUUCCAGGCGCGAAUCCGUUGCAGAAAGCUUCAAAGAUGAAGCUCAAAAGUCUAUUGAACCAUCCCGACCGGCUUCUGUUGCAGAAAGCGCCAGUGGAGAGAGCAAAAAGGAAGAGAACUCCGCUCAGGCCUCCAAAGAAGCCUCCCGGCCAGGGUCUGUGGCAGCAAGUGUUAAAGAUGAAGCUGAACAAUCAAAGGAAGCAUCCCAUCGGGAAUCGUUAGCUGAAGCGAAGUCCCCUCUUGCAUCGAGGGAAGGAUCAAGGCCCGGAUCAGUUAUUGAGAGCGUCAAGGACGAAACUGAAAGGCCCGAGAGCCGACGUGAGUCAGUCGCGGAAAGCAUCAAGGCAGAGAGUGCCAAGGACGGAAAGUCUCCCCUGGCCUCAAAAGAAACUUCGAGGCCAGAAUCAGUGGUGGGGAGCAUCAAAGACGAGCUAGAUAAAUCCAAGGAGGAAUCCCAAAGUGAAUCCAUGGCUGAAAGCGUCAAGGCGGGGAGUGCCAAGGACGAAAAGUCUGCUCAGGCCUCCAAAGAUGUAUCGCGUCCAGCAUCGGUUGCGGAAAGUGUGAAGGAGGAAGUCGACAAAUCCGCAGAACCAUCACGACCGGAGUCCGUAGCUGAAUUAAUUAAAACGGAAAUAAGCAAGGUUGGACAGUCACCCAUUGCCUCCCGGGCUGAAUCUGUGGCGGAUAGCGGUAGGGAUGACACCGACAAGCACGAAUCUGCUGUGGAAACUGGCAAACCAGAUAAGGAUAGCAAAUCUCCGAUUGCCUCAAAGGAGAUCUCUAGGCCAGAGUCUCCAGAUGACAGCGUUAAGGAUGAAUCUGAGAAGCCAGAUUCCUGUCAGGAGUCGGUGGUUGAGAGCGUUAAGCCAGACAGUGCCAAGGACUCCAAGGAACCAUCUCGGCCUGAAUCAAAGGUGGAAAGCGUGAAAGAUGAAUCUGAGAAAUCCAAGGCACCAUCCCGACGAGAAUCUGUCCAAGAAAGUGUAACAUCCGAAGGUGUAAAGGACGAUAAGUUUUCGUUGGCUUCAAAAGAAGUGUCUAGACCGGAAUCAGUUGCGGAAAGUACAAAAGAUGAGGCAUCAUCUCGACGGAUGUCGGUGGCAGAAAGCGUGAAAGAUGCUGCCCAGUCGAAGGAGGUUUCUCGUCCCGAAUCAGUUGCAAAAUCUCCAUUGGCAUCCAAAGAGGCUUCCCGUCCAGCAUCUGUUGCAGAAAGUAUACAAGAUGAGGCUGAAAGGACCAAGGCGGAAAGUAAUAAGGAUGAAAAAUCACCGCUGGCAUCUAAAGAAACGUCCAGACCGGCGUCCGUUGUGGAAAGUGUGAAAGAUGAAGCCGACAAGUCCAAGGAAGCAUCUCGGCGAGAGUCCCUGGUCGAAAGCUUUAAGGCGGAAAGCAGCAAGGGUGACCAAUCUCCCCAGGCAUCCCAGAAAGCAUCGCGACCAGAGUCCGUGGCAGAGAGCGCUAAAGACGAAGCUGAAAGGCCAGAAAGUCGUGCCGAAUCUGUGGCCGAGAGUGAUAAACCGGAAAGUGCUAAGGACGAGGAGUGGACAGCAGCCUCGAAGGAAGUUUCACGACCGGUGUCCGUCGCGGAGAGUGUUAGAGACGAGGCUGACAAGUCCAAGGAACCCUCCCGGCGGUCGUCUGUCGCAGAAAGCGUAAAACCAGAAAGCCCAAAGGUGGACAAGGUUCCACUUGCUUCUAAGGAAGCGUCCCGACCAGUGUCCGUAACUGAAAGUGUAAAGGAUGAAACCGAAAAAAGCAAGGAGCAAUCUCGAAGGGAAUCUGCUGCUGAAAGCCUUAAGGCGGAGAGUGCACAGGACGAGAAAUCGCGUCCUUCAUCCGUUGCCGAAAGCGUAAAUGACGAAGGGGAAAAGCCAGAAAGUCGUCGAGAAUCGGUUGCCAAGUCCCCAUUAGCUUCGAAAGAAGUCUCCAGGCCAGGAUCUGUAGCUGAAAGCAGUAAGGAUGAGCUUGAAAAGCCAGAAAGUCGUCGGGAAUCGGUUGCCAAGUCACCAUUAGCCUCAAAGGAAGUUUCAAGGCCAGGAUCUGUAGCUGAAAGCAUUAAAGAUGAGUUUGAAAAGCCUGAGAGCGUCAAGGACGACAAGUCGAAAGAUCCCUCUCGAAGCGAAUCGCCGACUGAAAAGUCUGCCGUAAUUUCAAAGGAGUCUUCGCCCAGGCCAGUAUCUGUGGCAAGUGACCACGAAUCUGCCGUCGCUACUGAGGCCGAGUUGAAGUCUUCCAUCUCCCCCAAAGAAGCGUCCCGCCCAGAGUCAAUUGCUGAAACUGCUUCAUCACCAAUUGAGGAAGCGGCUUUGGAGUUCUCGGAGAUCGAAGUCGUGAAAAGGGCUAGCCUCGCGCUCAGUUUACAAACGGGCUCAGGAGGAAAACUGCCAACGGACUCGAGUCCUGUUGACGUGGCCGAGGGUGACUUUUCUCAUGUCGUCGCUUCUGUUUCCUCAACCACAGCCACUCUUGCCAAGCCAGCCGAGCUCUCGCAGGCUGCUGCUGCUGUAACGAUCUCGUCUCCUGUAGACGAAGCUCCAAAAACACCGUCUGCUCAGGAGCUGGUAUCCCGACCAGAUUCCCCUGCAGAAUGCGCAAGUGAAGAGAUUGUCAAGGAUGAAAAAUCGCCCCUCUCGAGGACCGGGUCAAUUGCAGAAACUCACAAGGACGAAAGCCCAAAGGAUGACAAAUCUAAGUCUCAAGGUGCCUCUAAGGAAUCUUCUCGCCCGGAAUCAGUGGCAGAGACAGCAUCAUCGCCCAUCGAGGAAGCACCGAACGACUUCGCACAAUUCGAGAAAAAGGGAGUGUUACCUUUGAAUAUUGACGCAAAGGGUAAUCUCCCAACAUUGUCGAGUCCUGUGGAUGUGGCUCAUGGCGAUUUCCCCCAGACAGCCACCCCCACAAGCUCCCCAACUUCAGGCCCAACCAAACCAGCUGAGCUUUCCAAAGUAGACAUUGAGAAGACAGCAUCGAGUCCGGUAGACGAGGCUCCCAAGUCCCUUAUUGGAUCUCCGGCAGAGGAACGCCCAGAAUCUCCUGCUGAAUGUGCCAAGCACGAUGUUGCCUCAAAAGAGCCGUCUCGGCGCGAAUCAAUUGCCGAGAGCGUGCAGUCCGAGACUUGUAAGGACGAAAAGUCCCUGCAGACCUCUAGGGAAACGUCCCGACCGGCCUCGGUAGUGGAAAGCAUUAAGGACGAAGCCGAAAAAUCCAAGGGAUCAUCACGUUCACCAUCUGUUGCAGAAAGCAUUAAGGCGGAAAGCACAAAAGAUGGUAAGUCCCCUCUUGCGCUGGUAGCGGAAGUUCUUAAAGAUGGUGCCGAGAAACUAAAGGAACCAUCGCGUCCACCAUCUGUUUCAGAAAGCAUAAAGGGGACAGCAACUAAGCAGGGCCCUUCGGAAGGAGUAGUGGAAACUGAUGCCAAGCCAGCUCUUGACUCUCAACCAGAAGCCGAUAUUGAUGAAGCUGAGAAAUCAAAGGAGCCAUCCCGCCGAGAAUCUGUAGCAGGAAGCGCUAAAGCAGAGAGCACUAAUGAUGAAAAGUCUCCACUGGCAUCGAAGGAAGUCUCGAGGCCAGAGUCCGUCACAGAAGGUCCAAAAGAUGAUGCCGAGAGGCCUGAAAGCCGCCCAGAAUCGGUCGUCGAUAGUACAAAGCCAGAAGCCAAAGAUGCAAAGUCCCCAACAGGGUCAGCUGCGAAAUCAAAGGAACCAUCCCGGCGGGAGUCUAUAAAAGAUGAAAAGUCUCCCUUUGCCUCCAAGGAAGUGUCCCGACCAGCCUCUGCUGUAGAAAGUCUAAAGGACGAAGGCGAAAAGCUGGAUAGCCGACGUGAGUCGAUUGCUGAGAGCCUUAAAGCAAGUAGUACCAAGGACGAUAAGUCCCCGGUGCUCUCCAAAGAAGCCUCAAGGCCAGAAUCAGUUGCAGAGAGCAUCAAGGGUCAACCGGAGGAAUCUGAAAGCCGCCGGUAUUCCCUUGUCGAAAUCAAUAAACCAGAUAGCUCCAAGGAUGAAGCCUCCCCCCGACCCGGAUCCGUUGAGGAAAGUGUCAAGGAAAAAUCUAAGGAUCCAUCCCGAUCAGAAUCCGUCGCGGAGAGCAUUAAGUCCGAGGGUACGAAAGACGAAAAGUCCCCACUUGCUUCAAAGGAAACUUCCCGGCCGGAAUCGGUUGCGGAGAGUAUCAAGGACGAAGCAGAGAAGUCCGAUCAAGCGGAAAAAUCCAAGGAUGCUUUUCGACGGGAAUCUAUUGCAGAAAGCAUUAAGGACGACAAGUCAGCACUGGCAUCAAAAGAAGCCUCUCGACCAGCAUCCGUCGCAGAAAGCAUUAAAGAUGCAGCUGAAAAUGCAGAAAGUGAAAGCGUGAAACCAGAAACUAGCCCACAACCCGUUGUAGAAAGCGUCAAAGAUGAAGACGACAAGACCGCAAUCCGCCGAGAUUCAGUCGCCGACAGUACCAAGCCAGAAGAAAAAACUCAGUUUGCGUCGAAGGAAGUUUCUCGACCUGCUUCUGUGAUGGAAAGUGUCAAAGAUAAAACUGAAAAACCAGAAAGCCGUCGGGAAUCUGUUGCAGAAAGCAUUAAAACCAGCAGUUCAGUGGAAAAGUCUGCUCAGGCCUCAAAGGAAGUAUCCAGACCACCAUCAGUCGCACUGAGCGUCGGAGAUGAGUUUGGCAAUUCCAAAGAAACCUCUCGACGUGAGUCGGUUGCAGAAAGCACGAAGCUAGACAGUACCAAGGACUCCAAGGAACCAUCUCGGCCUGAAUCAAAGGUGGAAAGCGUGAAAGAUGAAUCUGAGAAAUCCAAGGCACCAUCCCGACGAGAAUCUGUCCAAGAAAGUGUAACAUCCGAAGGUGUAAAGGACGAUAAGUUUUCGUUGGCUUCAAAAGAAGUGUCUAGACCGGAAUCAGUUGCGGAAAGUACAAAAGAUGAGGCAUCAUCUCGACGGAUAUCGGUGGCGGAAAGCGUGAAAGAUGCUGCCCAGUCGAAGGAGGUUUCUCGUCCCGAAUCAGUUGCAAAAUCUCCAUUGGCAUCCAAAGAGGCUUCCCGUCCAGCAUCUGUUGCAGAAAGUAUACAAGAUGAGGCUGAAAGGACCAAGGCGGAAAGUAAUAAGGAUGAAAAAUCACUUCUGGCAUCUAAAGAAACGUCCAGACCGGCGUCCGUUGUGGAAAGUGUGAAAGAUGAAGCCGACAAGUCCAAGGAAGCAUCUCGGCGAGAGUCCCUGGUCGAAAGCGUUAAGGCGGAAAGCAGCAAGGGUGACCAAUCUCCCCAGGCAUCCCAGAAAGCAUCGCGACCAGAGUCCGUGGCAGAGAGCGCUAAAGACGAAGCUGAAAGACCAGAAAGUCGUGCCGAAUCUGUGGCCGAGAGUGAUAAACCGGAAAGUGCUAAGGACGAGGAGUGGACAGCAGCCUCGAAGGAAGUUUCACGACCGGUGUCCGUCGCGGAGAGUGUAAAAUCAGACGUCUCCCGACCGCAGUCGGUGGCAGAAGAGGUCAUUGAUGGCAAAUCAAAGGAAGCUUCGCGCCGCGGAUCCGUGACUGAGAGUGUAGAGGCUGCGAGUAAAAAGAGUGACUUGCCAUCCGCCUCACCCAAGGAAGCAUCGCAGGAGGCAUCACGUCGCGAGUCAGUGGACGACAAGUCAUCACAUGUCAUCAUAAGUCCAGGCAAGUCGCCGGCUGCCUCGAAGGAAGCAUCCCGUCCUGCUUCGGUGGCCGAGACCGCCUCCUCUCCCAUCGAAGAAGGUCCACGCUCUGUCGCUGACUUGACUUUGCCACUAAGCCAAGUGACAACCGAAAGCAAAGGCAAGCUUCCCACUUUGUCGAGUCCCAUUGAUGUGGCUGAAGGCGACUUCUCGAAAGUAAAAGUUGAGUCCUCCGCACAGCCAGCUGCUCUCUCCAAACCCGCGGAGCUCUCCCAGUCGGAUACGGGGCACACAGCCUCCAGCCCCGUGGACGAGGCAUCUCCUAUCCUGGAGGCCAGUGAGGUUGUGGAGGAGCAUAUCGCCGCAUCAGCAGAAGCAGACUUACUGGGUAUUGAGGAAACUAAAUCGUCAUUUUUCGAAUCAUUCGCCACAAAGGUGGAUGAGAAAGUGCAGAUGAUUGAGAGCUCAGUAAAGCAGGUGGAAGAGAAGAUCGAGAGUUCGGUGAAGCAGGUGGAAAGCACUGUAACAGAGACCCUGCAGCAGGUGAGCAAGGAGAGCAGGGAGCAACUGACAGAGAUUAGCUCCGUUCUGGAUACCAAGAUCAGCAGCGUGACCAGCCUGCUCUCUACUGCCUUGGACACAGUCGAAAAGAAGGAGCACCAGGUGACCGAGAAUGUGAGUGAGAAGGCAACCGAGCAGGUUACCGAGCAAAUCACUAUAGUCACUGCGGAAAGUGGUCAGGAGAAGAGCAGCCUGGAUCUGGGUACGUUCUCGGAGCUGCGUGAGACGCACAUCACCACCGUGGGCUCGCCCGAGUUCACGGUCACGAUCUGCGAGCGCGAUGAACCCGUACUGCACGACAUCAAGGAGGAGGACGAGGAGCACCGCUCUUCGCCGCCCAGUGAUGGCGACAAGACAGGAAUCCUGCCAGCCCAGCCGAUGCGACCGCUUUCGCCGCGCGAGGAAGAAGUGGCCAAAAUUGUGGCAGACGUGGCCAAGGUUUUGAAGUCCGACAAGGACAUCACCGACAUUAUACCCGACUUUGACGAACGCCAGCUGGAGGAGAAGCUCAAGUCCACCGCCGACACAGAGGAGGAGUGCGACAAGAGUGCACUGGAGAUCUGCGUGAAGGCGGAGAUCGAGUCCGAGAAGUCAUCGCCCGACCAAAAGUCCGGCCCCAUUUCCAUCGAGGAGAAGGACAAGGUCGAGCAGUCGGAGAAGGCGCAGUUACGGCAGGGAGUAUCUGCUGUCAGUCGCCCGGAGUCAGUGGCCAGCCAACCAGGGGAGGAGGAGGGCCAGACCAAGGAGCAGUCAUCCCCCGUUCCAAGCAAGGAAGGAUCACGACGCGAGUCCGUGCUCUCCUCCAAGAGCCACAAGAAUCAGGAAUCAUCGCGCCCCCAGUCCGUUGCCAGCCAGGAUAUCGACAUGGACAUCAAGAUCUCCAGCCAAGCAUCUAGCACUAAGAAAGAGCUUCUUCACUCACUAACCACUGAAACUGUGGAGAGCAAAAAGUCAGAGGAGAAGUCGAGUGUGGAGUCCGAAUCCACUUCGAUAACCAAGUCCACCACAAUCCUCUCCAGUCAGUCGGUGCAGCUGCGAGAGGAUUCCACUAGCGACUCGUUGAGCAGCAGCCUCAAGGUGGAGGACAGCUCCCGGCGCGAAUCACUCUCCAGUUUGCUGGCCGAGAAGGGAGGCAUCAGUAGCAGCAGCCUUUUAAAGGAGGACAUCAGCACCGCAUCAGCAUCCCAGCUCGAGGAGCUGCUGGUGCAGUCCGAGGAGUGCUCAUCGGAGUCGAUUGUCAGCGAGAUUCAGACCAGCACCGCUCAGACCAGCAAGUCGGUUAGGGAAACCAAAGAGACCAGGGAUACCAAGGAAACCAGCACCAGCAGUUUCAGCAAAGACGAGAACCUCAAGGAGACGGUCGCCGAGUUUCUGGCUACCGAGAAGAUCGUCUCCGCAAAGGAAACCUUCAGCGCCGAGGCCACCAAGACGGCCGAGGAGUGCCUGAAGAAGGCCACCGCCAGCAGCACCCAGCGGACGCUCUUCGUGGGCACGGACGAGUCGCGUCGGGAGUCCUUGCUGAGCCAGACCAGCGAGGGCCGCCUCACCCACAGCGAUCCCGAGGACGAGGAGCCCGACGAGGAAGACGACGAGCGCGCCAGUGUGAAAGAGGGCCGUUCCAAGUCCAUUGCUACCAUCAUGAUGACUAGUAUUUACAAGCCUUCCGAAGACAUAGAGUCAAUUGCCACGCUCGCCGAGGAGGAGCACGAUCAAAUGGAGGACACUAAGGCCACCUCCACCUCCACCACCACCAGCAAGGCCACUACUCUCCUGCAGUCCAGUGAGCAGAGCAGCAGCAGCACCACCACCAGCAGCAGCUCCAAGACCUUCGCCUCCAAGGUGGAGUCCAUCACGCUCACACAAAUCGAUCAGAUCCCGGUUGAGCCCGCAGAUCGCAAGACGCCGCCCACGGCGCCCGUCAGUCCCGGCGCCAAGCCAUCAAGCUCGUCGGGAUCUGCUGGUGGCUCUGCAAUGGGAGCUGGAGCCGGAGCAGGUGGCGGAAAGUGCGAGUCCAGCGCAGCCAGCAUCGUCUCCUCCUCGGGACCGCUGUCGCCCAAGGAUAUCAGCGGCAAAUCCAGUCCCGGCGCCCUCACCUCGGAGAGCCAGUCCAUUCCCACGCCGCUGGGGCGCGAGUCGCACACAGAGACCCCGGAGUCAUCGCCCAAGCCCACGUCGCCAUUCCCGCGCGUCACCAAGGACGAGCUGAAGUCUCUGGAAAUUCAGCAACACGAACAGGAGCAGAUGCUAGCAGAAGCAGGAGCAGUUGCGGCCGGAGCUGAAUGUGAGGUGGAACUGCCCGAGCUUCACGAGCUGCGUGGACUCGAGAGCACCACGGCUCUGAGCGGCAGCACAGAGAAAAUAAUCACCACAACCAUCACCACGGUGACCAAGGUGAUCUCGGCGGACGGGAAGGAGAUAGUGACCGAGCAGAAGACGGUGACCACCACGGACAGCUCGGAGCCGGACAGCGAGAAGGUGGUGGUGACCACCACGCGCACCACCAGCGAGAGCGAGCGCGACCAGCUGCUGCCCAAGGAGGUGGCCCUGCUGCGCGGCAUGCACCGCUCCAGCACUCCUGGCAGCGAGGACGACGAGGAACUGCUGCUGGGAUCCCCGCGCAGCGCCACCAGCUACGAGCUGCAGCUCUCCAGCUCCGGCGUGAGCAAGCGCUCCGACCUGGACGCCGACGGAGAGGGUGAGGGAGACGGAGACGAGAGCCAGGACGACAUUCCGCCGCAGUACGGCAGCGAGGAGCACUCGACGGCGCGCUCGAUCCUGCUGCCGCGCACGGUCGACCCCAUGGCCACCUCCUUCUACGGUGCCCUGCCCGACAGCUUCGACACGGCGGUGCUGAAGCCCAGCACCGAGCCCAUUCCCAUCCUGGGCGCCGCCCCGUCCGGCGAUAGCCAGUCGUCGGAGAGCGUGGAGAGCACCAGCCAGACCUGGGCCGGCCACAAGUUCCUCGAUCAGGCCGACAAGGACUUCCAGCGGGCGCUCGAGGAGCACGUGCAGGCGCGCGGCGCCGAGGUCAUGUCUUCCGUCACCGCCAAGUACUCGUACUCGCCCUCGAAGGCCGAGGAGAUGGAGCAGAUCGUGAGCAGCACAGCGGAGCGGCAGCGCUUCCCGCUGAGCGAUGUCCAGCGCUCCCGUGUGGCAGAGAGUGGCUUUGCCACCGUGGGCAGUAAGCCGGAGGAAGCCGCCACCGUCGCCGCCACCACUACUGUAGCCACUACCACAUCCACAACGAGUUCCACUGGAGCCCUGCCCAAGGACCGUCUGGAGGAGUGGGGCAAGCCCUUGGGCCUGCCAUCGCCAGCACCUCUGCCCGUAGAGGGCGGGGCCGACAUCCGCACCACGCCCAAGAAGGAGCGCCGCCUGGUGGCCACCAAAACGCGCCUGAACAACGAGAAGAAUCUGCGCAAGCGCAGCGAAUCGCCCAACAAGGCGGCCAAGAAGCCGGCGCCCGUCUACGUGGACCUCACAUACGUCCCGCACAACGGCAACUCCUACUACGCCCACGUGGACUUCUUCAAGCGGGUGCGAGCCCGUUACUACGUCUUCUCCGGCACGGAGCCCAGUCGCCAGGUGUACGAUGCGCUGCUGGAGGCCAAACAGACCUGGGAGGACAAGGAGUUGGAGGUCACCAUCAUACCCACGUACGACACCGAUGUACUGGGCUACUGGGUGGCCGAAAACGAGGAGCUGCUAGCCAAGCACCGCAUCGACCUCUCGCCGUCCGCCUCCCGCUGCACCAUCAACCUGCAGGACCACGAAACCUCGUGCUCCGCCUACCGCCUGGAGUUCUAGGCCACGGGCUUGUUUAUUACAUUCGACGAUGACUAAGCCAGCCCAUAACCGUAACGCACCCAACCAAAGCAGCAGAUAAGGAGCAGGAGAAGGAGUGGAGCACUGCCAGAGGAUCGAGUCCAUGUGGGCUUACAAAGUGCUUGGACUCGGACUCUGGAUGAGGAUGAGGAUGAGGACGGGGAUGACGACCACAGCAACAGGAUGAGAAUGACUAUGAAGACAAUGCAAUAUGGCUAGAAAUAAAGCGGACGCAGGCUGAUAUGGCGGAGUAUGGGUCACGCGAAUGACGCCACUUUGUUUGUCAAUGCCGCCUAUUGAGCUUUCGCCGCCGACUUAUUUCUGCCAACCAAAAGCUACGUAAUUAAUUGAUAUUUAGUUUCAACCGAUUAAUUACCAAACAGUGCAAUGCAGUGGACUGUUCGCGAAGAAGAAUACACUUAUUUAUUGCUUUCAUUGAAUAACGUCAAGCUACCUUGCCUAGUAAUCCAAAGAUCAAAAUAGUUUUCAAAACCGCAUAGCUAAAAUAUACAAAGGAAAAACAAAACAAAAUGUCAAAUGACAAACGACAAAUGACAAAGCAAGAAAGCAUGAGAAGACACACUAUAUAUUUAAAGAAAUUAAUAUUCAUGUUUAACGUAUUAAUCGAAUCUUUAACGAACCCUCGCAUACCAGAGGUAUUCGAGUUUUAAGGCGAGAUUAACUAACUGCAAGUGUAAGGCCUGCAAAGUACGAGCGCUAUGUAGCCCUAGGAUCAUAAGCGACUAAACUUAAUCAAAUGUUGAAGGCUAGCAAGCGACUUAAAUUACGAUUUACAUUAACAUUAACAAGAACCCUUCACCCAAGCAAACCGAUAAAUAACCCUGAUAAUGUGCCUCCCCCGAGAUAUUGCUAUUUCCAAUCGUUUUCGUAGUCCAUCCUCACAGUUUCGUUUUGUUUGAGAUUGCGUUUGGUUCCGUUGUUACAGCAGGCAGCCGCAGAAAGACUUGAAAUCCGAGCAGCUAUAGCUAUAGCAACCGAUAUACGUACACUUCCACUUCCACAUAGGGGAGCUCUAAGAAAAGGAUUGAACUGAAACUGAGAAAUGGGAACAGGAAACUGGGAGGGGUAGUCUUGAGAACACGUUUAAGAUAUGACGCUGUUGCUGAAGGAUCGCAGAUGAAUGAUAAGGAGGUGUUGGACGAAAGGACGACGACGAAUGCUGAUUUUACAAUAUAGGGAUAACAAGGGUUAGGAUGGUAGCGGGGUGGGACUAGCUUAGUUUGGAAGCUUAGGUUGGGUGGGUUGGGGUGGAAUGGUUCAAACACUGAAACAGCUAUUGUGAGACAAAUACGAGGAUGAGCAGAGAGUCAUAACUAAAUACGAUUAAAUAUGAAGUACACAAAGUGAAUGAAGGUUAUUUUUCUAUAUUUUUUUUACUUUUUCAUAGUCAUAGAAUAACAAAUUUGCAACAAACAAACAAACAAGAUAAAUAUGCAGCAAAAGCAGGAGAAGCAGGCAAUUUUAAUCAAUGUAACCACAAGGUAACCACAAAACGGAACAAGCAAUUCGAGGCCACAGCAAAACAGUCCAAAAGAGCCAGUUACAAUUAUAAAUUAUAGACACUCGAGACAGACUUUUUAGGCUACGCGUAUAUUUUUGAGUUGCUUUUUAUAUACACAACAGCAACAGAUCCGGGAGGAGCUGCAGUAUGCAACAUGCAAUAUGCAGUAUGCAAUAUGCAGUAUGCAAUAUGCAGUAUGCAACAUGCAAUAUACAGCAUGCAAUAUGCAACAGGCAGGCAGCAACAGAAAACAGUCAACUGGCUACCGUCCAGUCUACAACCGUUUGAUAAGCAACCAGCAAAAUUUAAGCAAAAUUAUACACACGUAGGGCUAAGAGGGGCGGGGGAUACGAUAAGGUUUAUUGGGCCUUAUGAUCGCAAUCCCAAUCCCAAUCGCAAUCCAAAAUCGCGUUCCCCGUCCGACCAGCAGCACAUGGGAUUGGGCUUUUGAAUGCCAAUACCGAUCAUGCGUCUUUCGAUUAUUGAGUAGCAUUGCAGUCUCCGCUUCAAGGAUUUUAAAUUUAUAACCGAGAAAAAACAAAAGAUGACAUUUACUAAAUAUUCAUUUCUUUCCAAAUUCGUGCGCUAAGCGAAACAAAACAUAAACUAAACCGAAGUAGGUAAAGAUAAAGAAUACUCACACAUGAACUAUAUACACUAUAUAUAUAUAUAUAUAUAUAUGUACUUGAGCGUAUUGAUGUUGCUUAAAACGAAAUCCCAAAAAAAAAGAACUCUUCUCCCAGCCAGAAGACAUUUUUUGCCUUUCACAAAACGAAUUUUCCCUAAGAUAUGAAAACAUGAAAAUUAAAACAAAAACUUGUUAACUUUUCCCCCGUUCGUUUGCGACUUAAGUUUCGUCGAAAUCAGAUCAAUCAGAUCAGACUAUACACUACCCACACAAAUUACACAUGUAUCCAUUGCCUUAUAUCCAGAGAACAAACAGAUAUCUGCAUCAUACCUUAUAUUAGUGUAAGAAUCAAAUACGAUAUGUACGACCUAUGAGAGUUUGUUUGUUGAAUUUGCUUUUACUUUUUAGCAGCUUCGAUUUAAAUCAAAUAUACACUAAAUGUACACACCCCCGCGCACACACGCACAUGCACACGCACACGAGUGUGUGGCGAGUGUCUGUGUCUGUGUGUGCGUGUGUGAGAGUGUGUGUGCUCUAUAUAAUCAUUAGUACAGCAAGUGCAUGCAGAAAGUAAAAUUGUUAUAAACAAGAGUCGAGACGAGCCGAGCCGAAGUAUCGCUGACUGGCGGAUGCGGAUAUAGCCAUAGCUAAAGCCACGGAAUGACUAGUCAGGAUCAGGAGUCGAGUCGAGGAGAAGGUAGACAGGGAUAGAGCGGGCCAGCACAAAGAUCCGAUCACAGGCAGAGGUUAGCGCGAAGAAAUAUAUAUGUAUUACAUUUUAUGAAACGUCAAGCUUAUCUCAAGAACUAUUUCCAAAACAAAAUCUGAAAUUAUAAUAAACGUAUUUAUGUGAA